AUGGAGAAUUGUAAGCCAAAUGAUAAGGAAUAUGUAGAAGUGGUACCCCUUUCGUGGGUUAUUGAUGAGAAAGAAUGCGUUUGGCCACCAUUUCAAUCGAAAAAACAAAUAGAAAGUGCCAUCAAGCAUUGUAUUACUCCAGAAAAGGAUCAAUGGAAAAUAUAUACAGAUUUCAAAGCUUCCAAGAAGUUCUACAGCAAGUUUUCUACGGCAUCAGCAAAAGCUAACCAGUAUCUUCAUUGUUCAGAUAUGGAGCAAAGCAGUGAACAAGAGAUUGGUUCACAAAAAAGACACAUUAAAAAGAAUUUAAAGUACAAUAAACACGAAUACACAUCCGAAAUCAGUACUUCAUCCGACGAUGAAGGAGACGAACCACUAGCCAAAUUAAUUCCCAAAUUUCCUGAGCCAAGUAAAAAUUUGCUUAAAAGUUCUGAUAACAAGGUCAAACCUCAGCCAAAUGCAGUCAAGAAGAUUGAUGAUUCCAAGCUUAGUUUCAAAAGUUAUAAGCAGGACCAGACAGAAAACUUAUCACAUACAAUAUUAUCAAAAUCGGCAAGGCUCGUUCAAGAAAAAACUAAUACAGGUGAUGAUAAGGAAGAAAGGUUUCCGAUAAUGAACCACCCAAGUAUUUCUAAUAAACACAGCGAACAUAUUGAGAGUGGACAUGAAUCUGAGUCUGACUGCAGAUCUUCUAAUAAUCGUAACGAUAUUGAAGAGGAGUCGAAUCUCAGCGAUGAUAGAGGUGCACAAGCCAAUAAGAACAAGCCAACACAACAAGUUAAUACCUUAAGUUUGGGAGAAGGCAUUAUUAUGGAAAUAUUGAGCGAUAACGAAGAAUUUUCACUAACACCUCUAGAAAUUACAGAAAGGGCGACAAAUACAGCAAUUUCUCCUAUUGAUGAGGACGCAGCUGGAAUUGCUUGCAACGAUGAAGAAAAUGAUCACAAUGUGUUGAAAAAGCUAGUGAAGCUAACUAUUACUAACAAUGCGUUAUUAAGAGAACAAAAUCAAUUAAUCAAGGAUCUUAAUAAAAAACUUGCAAUAACCAACAAAUCCACUCCUGAAAAUGAAGAACUCUUGGAGCGAUUCAAACAUCUUUUUCCAAUAAAAGAUGAUGAUGCACUAAAGGAAGUAAAUUCUGUAUUGGGUGACGACAAGGAGUUUUAUAAUUAUGUUUUAAGAAUGAUAUCAUUGGAAGGAGGACACAAUCUCAAUGAAUAUGUCCGAAAGGCCAUGAAAAUUAUUAUAGUGGACCAACUGGCCAAAACAUACAGUUUCAAAGGCCACAAGAGCAAAAAGAACUUUAGUGUGCAUACACACCUGAUAAAACUAAUAACAGAGUGCGUCAGAAAUAACGAAGCCCGCGCCACCACAAGGCAAAUUGAAGACCAGGUGGCGGUAUGGCUAACUAAAGCGCAGCGCAGGUUGGAUGGCGUUCCAUAA